AAAAAUUAGGAAUAACCUGCACGGAUGGAAACAUAACGAAUUUAUUAAAAACCACGGAAACGGGUUUGUCAAAAUUAUCCGCGGUGAAUUGGAGCGAUUUAUUCCAGGAUUCGAAUUUUGAGUGCAGAAUUAAGGUUGCCAGGGCAACGCUUUGCGGGAGUGGAGAGUGUGCGCCGCUCCCCCUCCUGACGACCACGCCCCUUCCGUGCCACUCCCUCUGCACGAACCUCCUCCGCGGUUGCUACGCAACUUUAUCCGGAAAUUUACUAUCCCCCUGGAAAUACGCAAUAAAUUCGAUAAGAAGUGCAAUCGGCCUGCUCCUAACGACCCCGUGCGAUCAGGUUGUCAUGGAAACGAAAUUUUUCGAAAAUUUCUUAAUAAAUUUGAACAGCGGGUGGAGAGAACCGUUCAAUUAUCUCGAUGGAAUUUGCAAUUUGAAAGCAGCCAAUGGGGAUGGGGACUGUUUCGCGGGGGGUUUUGGCGAGGAGGGCCUCCCCAUAACAACCAACUACGACCGGACCACGCCCCCCUGGUCCACGAACCCCGAGAAGUACACCAAUCCAGAGUUUACACAGAAUUCAGAGUUACAAAGUUUGGAGUAUGAAUCCAAAAUUAAUUUAGUUCGGGAGGAGUUAUUGGGCGUUGCCAAGCACCUCGAGAAAUUCUGGCCCUCUGACCACACCCCCUUGAACCACUCCCCCAGCUCCUCCACCCACCUCCAGCAAUCCGACGAAUCCUUCGAGUACGACGAUGACGAUGAUGAAGACGACGAUUACGAGGACGAUUUCGCUAGUGGGUCAGGUUUCCAUGACAACUCAAAUUUCCAAACGGACGAUGAAGAUUUAUUACGUGGUCAAGGCUCCGGCGAUGGCACGGACGACAUCGAAGUCGUCGUCAUGACAACCGUUGCUACCGACAUCGUCAUGGAAACCGUAACUCCAGAUUCGAAAACAAUUCCAAAAACGAGCCAUGGAAACGCCAAUAAAUAUAAUUACUAUAUCUUGUUAUUGAUUAUAAUUAAUUUAAAUUAAAAUUCUUUUUCGGUUGCCAUAAUCACACAAUGCAAUUAACGCUUUAACUGUGAUAUUUUAUAGUAUUUAUAAAAUGUGAUUAAGAGAAUAAUAAAUAAAAAGACUGAUCCGUUGC